AUGAUAAUCAAAUACUUUAGCAACAACGAACGACGCAAGAUCUUACGAAACCCCCGCCCCCCCCCCUUACAGCCGCAUCGAUGUUUCCCCCCUCCAAAAAGACUUGAAGAGCCCAAGCUCAGCGAUACCAACGACCCAAAUGACUACGAACCUGUUUACAUCUGUUCUUACGAAAUGAAGUGCGAUGAUGACACUAUGGGCAGUGUAAUGUUGUUUUAUCCACUGGCCGGGUCAGAGAUCAUAACGUGCGUGUGUAUAUACAUACGUUAUGCACUAGCAAUGCGCCAGACGAUCUCCCCUCUAUCGGACGAACCACACGAACCCUUUUCCACUCGUUCUACACCUUUUGUUUUUUUUUCACUUGAUUGCCCAUUCCUUCUGUUUCAGAUGGCUGCAUAG